AACAAUGAUGGAUACAUUUGGAAUGAUACUUUUUGCUCACAGCACGAAACAAAGGAAACGAGAUUCAUGGCGACCACGAUCACCCUUGCUCGGCGUACUGGUUUUUCUUUUAUUUUUUAAAGCAGCCUCGGCACAGUUGAGAUAUUCGAUAACAGAAGAGCUUAACGAAGGAAGUUUUGUUGGGAAUAUAGCAAAAGAUUUGGGAAUAGACCUGAACGUAAUGAAGCAGAGGGGUUUUCGCAUUAUGCCCGGCUCGACUGAACCUCUUUUCAAGGUAAAUGAGAAUGACGGGGUCCUCUAUGCGAACCAUAAAAUAGACCGAGAGCAAGUAUGCAAAGAGAGCGAUGCAUGCUUAAUUAACCUCAAAACUGUUCUUGAAAACCCACUAGAAAUACAUUAUGUUACGGUAGAGAUAACAGAUUUAAACGACCAUUCUCCCACAUUCCCCGAAAAAACGAAGAGGCUGGAGAUCUCAGAGUCUGCGUUGCCAGGAGCACGAUAUCAGUUAGAAAAUGCCCACGAUCCGGAUGGAGGCAGAAACUCUGUUCAACAUUAUAAAAUCAGCCAGAAUGACCAUUUUCGGUUGGAGGUUAAAGAUCGCGGGAGAGAUGGUAAAACACCGAUUUUACAGUUACAGAAACAGCUCGAUAGGGAAGCCAAAAGUAAACACAAACUCGUACUGACGGCGAUAGAUGGCGGAACACCACCUAAGACGGGCACAGUCGAAAUAUACAUCGAUGUUUUAGAUGUUAAUGAUAACAUGCCAGUGUUCGCCAAGGACACAUAUGUAGCCGUGCUACAAGAAAACGCCCCUGUUGGAACAACAGUCAUCCAAGUUAAUGCAACUGAUCUGGAUGAGGGUCCAAAUGGGGAAGUGGUUUAUUCAUUUGGCAGUAAUGUAAAAGGUAAAAUUCGAGAAGUGUUUGAUAUCGACCCUGUUACUGGGGAAAUAAUAGUAAAAGGCCAUGUAGACUAUGAGGAACAAGAUAGUUAUGAUAUUGAUAUACAGGCCUCUGACAAAGGAAGCAUCCCAUUCAGAACUGAUAAAAGUGUUAUAAUUAAAGUUGGAGACACAAAUGACAAUGCUCCCGAGAUAGAAGUGGCAUCACUCUCAAGUGCACUUUCAGAGGACUCCAGGCCAGGAACGACCGUGGCGUUGAUAAGCAUAAUGGACCUAGACUCUGGUAUGAAUGGAAAAAUAAUCAGCUAUGUCGGCGAUGACAGCCCAUUCACAUUAACCCCUUCAAUACAAGAUAACAUGUUCGCUGUAGUCACAAAGUCACAGCUGGACAGAGAACGACAAUCAAAUUAUGAAAUUACAAUAAUUGCUAAGGACACUGGAGAUCCAGCUUUAACAUCCGAGAAGACGAUAACUGUGUAUGUAUCGGAUUCGAAUGACAAUCGUCCAGAGUUUAUAGUAAGUCCGUAUACGUUCUACAUCACAGAAAAUAACUCCCCAGGAGCCAUGGUGUUUUCUGUCAGAGCGUCUGAUCGUGACGAAGGAGACAACGCGGUUAUUUCUUACCAUAUUCUAAGGAAUGUUGGUCAAGGGAAUGAAGUGGCAUCCUUUUUAAACAUAAACUCUGAAAGUGGAGACAUUUUAGCAUUGAAAAGUUUUGACUUUGAGACUCUGAAAACUUUCCAGUUCCAAGUUGUAGCCACAGAUUCUGGUACUCCGUCACUGAGCAGCAAUGUCACAGUGAACGUGUUCAUUCUGGAUCAGAACGACAACGCUCCAGUCAUCCUGUAUCCACUCAGCUCCAAUGGCUCUGCUGAAGGUGUGGAGGAGAUUCCACGCAAUGUGAACGCAGGACACUUGGUGACUAAAGUCAGAGCCUAUGACGCUGAUAUAGGAUAUAACGGCUGGUUGCUGUUCUCACUGCAGGAAGUUACUGACCACAGUCUCUUUGGUUUGGAUCGCUACACAGGACAGAUCAGGACACUUCGCUCGUUGACAGAGACAGACGAGGCUGAGCAUAAACUGAUCAUACUGGUCAAAGACAAUGGGAACGUUUCACUCUCAGCAACAGCUACUGUCAUUGUCAAACUGGUGGAGCCCAAAGAGGCUUUUGCAGCUUCUGAUGUUAAAAGUGCAGCAAAAGUGGACGAGGACGACAAUGUUACAUUUUAUCUGAUGAUAACUUUGGGCUCAGUUUCAGUUCUUUUUCUCAUCAGUAUCAUCGUGCUGAUUGCAAUGCAGUGCUCCAAAUCCACAGACUAUACUUCUAAAUAUCUGCAAGAGCCAAAUUAUGAUGGGACACUGUGUCACAGCAUCCAGUACCGAUCUGGAGACAAACGGUACAUGUUAGUUGGACCCAGAAUGAGUAUAGGAUCUACUAUAGUCCCCGGCAGCCAUGCAAAUACUCUAGUGCUCCCUGACAGGAGGAGAACAUCUGAGGAGGUAAGACUUUCAGUUUUAGGUUCUCUCCUGUAGACCUUUCGAGCAACAUAUUACAUCUUUUGUG